CAAACAAACCUGUUGCGUUAUAAUUGUAGUUUAUAAUUCUACAUGUUUUCCAGCCAUCGGCACUUAAAACGCAAGACACCGGCAGAGGGCAUAGACCGACGUGAAUAUAUUGGACACCUCGUGGAUGAAUAUUACACAUCCACAAACGUUGAGGCCUUGGAGCAGGUAACCGCUAACUUGGCAAAUUUUGCUUACGAUCCAAUAAACUGGCCAUAUCUGCAUGAAGCCGAAGCUUUGAAUGUCUUCAUCGCAGCUCUUGACACACAGAACCCCAUCCUUCAGCUACAUGCGGUAGCAGCUCUGUGCAAUUUUUGCUUGGACAAAAACACCGCCAAAUUCAUAGUUGAAAAAAUUUCCAUACUCAGAAACGUAUUUCUAAGCACCGAUAAAGCCGAUUUCGUACUACAUAGCCUGGCACUUUAUUAUCAACUAUUGAGCGCAGGAUUGAGCAGCAAGCAACAAAUCAUAACACCGGAAUUGCUCAAGCGAGUGCAACAUUGGCGUGAAUCCUCGAACGACGAACGCGUUCUGUGCAGCCAACCACAAUCCAAACUAAAACAGGUUCAAGUGAUAAAACGCUUUACACAGCAGGACCUUGAAACAUUUUCUCAAUUUACUGGCGAUUCUAAUUAUAUACAUAGCAAGGACAUGCCCAUUACAGAGCGCCGUGUUCAUGGUGCACUGCUUAAUGCAGUAGUUGCUGGCAUAAUAGGUACUCAAUUGCCAGGACCAGGCACUGUGGUACUCGAGCAGAGCUUUAAGUUCUUGAAACCAUGUCGUGUAGAAACGGACACAAUAGUGACUGUGCGUCUAAUCAAAGCGCGUAAAAUCGCGACUGUGGAGUACGAAUGUAGACAGCACGAUGAUGUUGUCUUCGCGGGUAAUGCUAAAUUGCUGACACCCAAAGAAGUUGCUUAAUCGAAUUUAAUAAAAAAAAGGCAAAUGAAAUGAUUUUUAGUGCGUCUAU